AUGGCAUCUGGAGAUGACAGUCCUAUCUUUGAAGAUGACGAAAGCCCUCCGUAUAGCCUAGAAAAAAUGACGGAUCUCGUAGCCGUUUGGGAUGUUGCUUUAAGUGAUGGAGUUCACAAGAUUGAAUUUGAACAUGGGACCACGUCAGGCAAACGUGUAGUAUAUGUAGAUGGGAAGGAAGAGAUAAGAAAAGAAUGGAUGUUCAAAUUAGUGGGCAAAGAAACCUUCUGUGUUGGAGCUGCGAAGACAAAAGCAACCAUAAACAUAGAUGCUGUCAGUGGUUUUGCUUAUGAAUACACUCUGGAAAUUAAUGGAAAAAGUCUCAAGAAGUAUAUGGAAAGCAGAUCGAAAACAACCAAUACUUGGGUAUUACAUCUGGAUGGUGAGGACUUUAGAGUUGUUUUGGAAAAAGACACAAUGGAUGUAUGGUGCAAUGGUAAAAACAUGGAGACCGCAGGUGAGUUUGUAGAUGAUGGAACUGAAACUCACUUCAGUAUUGGGAACCAUGACUGUUACAUAAAGGCUGUCAGUAGUGGGAAGCGAAAAGAAGGAAUUAUUCAUACUCUCAUCGUGGAUAAUAGAGAAAUCCCAGAAAUUCUCGAAUGACUUCAUGUUAGUGAAUUUUAAUCUUAAGUAUUAAAGAUCAGGGAUUUUUAAUUACUGUGGUAAUGAAAUGUGUUCAAUAUGUACUUCUCAGUACAUUUAGUCUGUGCUAUCUUUAUUAUUUAGUAACUUGAACUAAAUGUUCCAAGGGCCAGGGGGGGAAAAAAAAAACUAAUUAUGUACAAUCAUAAAAAUUGCAGUUUAUUUUGUAAAUAAUGUAAAAUGUUUAAAGAGUAAAUGGAAAAUAAGAUAUGGACCAAAACCACUAAUGUUUUACAAGAGGAACCUUUACUAUAAUAAACACU